AUGGGCUUCACCGGCGCGUCAUUCUAUGUGGACUGGAGCCUUGUUGAAGGUAACCCGGGACACGUUAUAACCGACGGGAUAUGGAGCUUGGAUGAAUUCUUCGAUGCGGCAAGCCAAGCUGGUUUAUAUCUCAUCGCUCGACCGGGACCGUAUAUCAAUGCAGAAACUACUGCUGGUGGAAUCCCUGGGUGGGUUCUAAGACAGAAAGCAGUAAUCCGGUCUGACGACCCCGAAUACUUGAAUGCGACAGCAGAGUACAUGUCGACUGUGGGUGCGAUCAUUGAAAGGGCGCAAAUUACCCAUGGUGGCCCGGUGAUCAUGGCUCAGCCAGAGAACGAGUUUUCCACGUGGCCUGGGGUGACUGACUUCCCGAAUGACAUGAAUCGGGACUAUAUGGCAUACGUUGAAGAGCAGCUGCUUGAUGAAGGCAUCAACGUACCUAAAAUCGUGAAUGAUAACUCAGUUAAGGGAUAUUUUGCACCGGGUUCAGGGCAAGGCGCAGUCGAUAUUUACGCUAUCGAUGCUUACCCAAUGCGCUAUGAUUGCGCAAAUCCCAGUGUUUGGCCUACCUACCGGUUUCCGUAUGAUUGGCAAGUCACGCACAAACAGCAGAGUCCAACGACGCCCUUUGCCAUAGCUGAGUUCCAAGGGGGGUCGGGUGAAGGAUGGGGAGGUGUUGCUCAAGACAUGUGCGGCCAGUUAGUCAACGAAGAGGCUGUCAGAGUUUUGUACAAGAAUAACUACAGUUUUGGAGUUAAGAUCUUCAACAUUUACAUGACUUUUGGGGGCACCAACUGGGGAAACCUCGGCUAUAUGGGCGGGCAUACAUCAUAUGAUUACGGUGCAGCCAUUACAGAAGAAAGGGCGAUCUGGCGUGAAAAAUUUAGUGAACAGAAACUUGAGGCGAACUUUUUCAAAGUUUCACCAGCUUAUCUAACGGCAACUCCCCAUCUCGGAGUAAAUGGAACCUAUGGUGCACCCUUCUCGCUAGCAGUGACUCCUCUCCUUGGAAAUGGGACGCGCACAAAUCUCUAUGUUGUCAGACAUGCCGACUUCACUUCAACCGGUAGCACUCAGUACACGCUCACUCUGUCGACAAGUGUUGGACAAAUCGAAAUUCCUCAACUAGGAGGCCACCUGACGCUGAAUGGACGUGACUCCAAAUUCCAUGUCACGGAUUAUGAUGUCGGCGGCAUCAAUCUGAUCUACUCUUCCGCAGAGAUAUUCACAUGGGCGCAUGGUUCGGGGUCAACGCGUGUAUUGAUUCUUUACGGAGGGGCCGGCGAAACGCAUGAGUUUUCUUUGCCGAGUAAUCUUGGAAAACCAACCGUCCUCGAAGGACACGACCUCGAAAUAAAACUAUGCGGAUCUGCUUGGGUUGUACAGUGGCAUGUUACACCAGCCCGACGCAUCAUUCGGAUAGCAGAUCUUUGGGUGUAUCUGCUCUGGCGGAACGAGGUAUAUAACUACUGGGUGAUGGAGUUACCAGCAUCAAGUCCGAUUGGAAACUACUCAUCACCGUCGAAGAGCCUGGUAGUUGUCAAGGCUGGAUAUCUUAUCCGGACAGCUGAGCUGACAAACAAGCAGCUGCGGCUGACGGGAGACGUCAAUGCCACAACACAAAUCGAGAUCAUCUCCAGUCCAGCUGUUGGUUUGAACGGCAUUGCUUUUAAUGGAGAAGUGUUACAGACUUCUAAAAUGUCCAAUGGGAAUCUCUGGGGAACUGUCAAAUACGACCCACCAAAGUUUAAAAUUCCCGAUUUGUCCAACCUGGAAUGGAAGUUCGUUGAUUCGCUGCCUGAGAUUCAUGCCUCGUACGACGACUCAGCCUGGACAGCCUGCAAAAAAAACCUCUACACACAAUCCACGGCAGCUGGACACCCCGAGUAG